AUGGACACAAACAAACACGAAGGAGGGACUGAAAGUGUGCCUGUGAGUACCCCUGCAACACAGAUUUCCCAGUUGCAGGCACUGGCCUCUGAGCUGAAGGCAGGAUUCACAGAAGCAAUGCAGGAGCUGUCACGCAUCCAGCAUGGAGAGUAUGCCCUGGAAGAGAAGGUCAAGAGCUGCCGCUGUGCCAUGGAAGAGAAGGUGGCUGAGAUGAAGAAUUCCCUCAACACGUUCAAGGAAGAGCUCAGCGAUGCAAAGUCAAUGAUUGAAGAAAUCAGUGCCAAGCAGGAGGAAAUGCAACAGAAAAUUGAGCAGCUGCAGCAAGAGAAGCGGCGAGAAUCACGGAAAAUGAAAGCUAAAAGAGCACAGAAGGAUGACCAUGGGUCACAGACAGUGCCAACACCUCUCCAGGGUAGCCCAUUUCGAUCCAUCAACCUCCCAGAACCUGUGCUGAUUAAUGAAGAUUUUACAAGUCUUUUACACAAUGUGACUUAUGAAAAAGUAUCUGACACCAGGAUCAUGCCCAUGGGAGAAGGAGGUGUGAAAGUCAUAGCAGGCCCAGGCUAUAGCCCUUCAGCCAUAGAGACAGAUGACAGCCUCAAGCCUUCCCUGGCAACAGAGGGGCAGUCGAAAAUGCAUCUGCCAUCAACAGUAUGGAAGCAGCCCAAGGACACCAAGGACUGGGGAGAUGAAUACAUUUCCAAAGAGCAGCCGGAGAGAGGGAAAGACAUGGGCCAAAGCAGAUACAGCUCAGCAGACAAUAUAAUAUGUGAACCCUCUUUGGCUGCCAAAAGGCAGAACAUUGCCUUGGAGCUGCUGGAGUCAGAAAGGAAGUAUGUCAUCAACCUUUCCCUAAUCCUGAAGAUCAAGGCCACGCUGCAAGGGCCAGAUGUGAAAAGAAGCACCAAAGAGAGAAGCUUCUUCCCGAACUCUCUGCGGUUCCUGGUGCAGCAGCAUGUGGAUUUACUGCACGCUCUCCAGGAGCGAGUCCUCAGCUGGCCACGACAAGGGAUCCUAGGAGACAUCUUCCUGAAGCUGACAAAUGAUGAGAAUAAUUUUCUGGACUACUACGUUGCUUACCUGAGGGACUUGCCAGAAUGCAUCUCUCUGAUCCAUGUGGUGAUCCUGAAGGAGGUAGAAGAAGAAAUCAAGUCUGAUCUCUACAUUCUGUUCUUUCAUAUAGUCCAGCGAAUCCCUGAAUACCUUAUUCAUCUACAGAAUGUCCUGAAGUUCACGGAGCAAGAGCACCCUGACUAUUACCUGCUGCUGGUGUGUGUGCAGCGCCUCCGGGUUUUCAUCUCGCACUACAGCCUCCUCUUCCAAUGCAAUGAAGACCUGCUGAUACAGAAGAGAAAAAAGCUGAAGAAGUCAUCCCUGGUGAAGCUGUACAAAGGUCUCACCUCCCAGUGUACAAGCCAGGAGGUUUCUCCAACACCCAGUGCAGCAUCAAUGCGGGACAGUGGGAUCCACACUGAAGAGGCCAUACAGUCAUUCCCAGCAGCACCUUCCUCUGGCACAACCACCCCGCAUUUGAUGCCACAGAUGAAGAAACCCCAGCCAACUGUGAUGGAGAACAUCCAGGCUGUAAAGCCCCCUGACUGGGAGAUGGAAAGCAGAAAGCACGAGAGGCCAGAGAACAUCCUUGCCUCCUCUCAGCUGACAGAGCAGGAGCUCAAGGCCUUGACAGCCCCCCUGCAAUCCAUCCCCGAAAUGGAGUACGAAGCGCCACCGGCUGACGCGGUGGGGAACACUGAGAGAGCCAUCAGAACCUCUGUGGAACUGCUGCAGGAUGCCAGGAACUUUGCCCCAAGCUACGAAGAGUUUGACUACCCUGGGGAGGUCUUCACCAUGCCAGGCCCCUACGAAGACGACACCUUCCAAAACAUCGCUCUCUUUGAGAACUGCUCCCCGGCCUCUUCCGAGUCCAGCUUGGAUAUUUGCUUCCUUAGGCCGGUGAACUUCACGUCAGAGCCAGAGAGGACAGACCAUGCCUUGCAGCCCCUGCCUAAGAGCUGCACUCCUGUGAGCAGCAGCACCUACAAGCGUGAGAUGUUCCACAGCAAAGGGAAGCAGCUGAGCAGGUCCCUGAAGGAGCUGCCGCGGAGCGCCGAGGGCGUGAGCACCAGACUCUACAGCACACGGAGCAGCAGUGGGAGCCGUCUGCAGCAGAAGCAGGACAGGAAUGUUCAGCCUCACAUGAUCUCAGCCUCAUCCCGAAGCUCCCAAAGGAGCUACUUCCCCCCACAGAGAGGAGCGGGUGAAAAACCCAGCUUUUUGGAAGUAAGGAGGGAGCUCCAUGCAGAAGACAACACCAGGUUCUGCCAGAAGGAUGACAAUGAGCAAACAUCCUUCAGCGACCACAACCCGCGGCACGAGCCCAAGGGGGGGUUCCGCAGCUCCUUCCGCAAGCUCUUCAAAAAGAAAUAAGCAGC